AGGCCUCGCGCGCCGCGCCUGCGCCCUCUUGGCCGAGCGGGGAGGGAAGGCCCCCGGCGCGUAGGGAGCCGGCCCAAGAGGCUGUGGCGGCAGCGACUGCGACAUGGACAACGCGGGGAAGGAGCGCGAGGCGGUGCAGCUGAUGGCUGAGGCCGAAAAGCGAGUCAAGGCUUCCCACUCCUUCCUCCGAGGACUGUUCGGAGGAAACACAAGAAUAGAAGAGGCUUGUGAAAUGUAUACCCGAGCUGCAAAUAUGUUCAAGAUGGCUAAAAAUUGGAGUGCGGCAGGAAAUGCAUUCUGCCAGGCGGCCAAGCUCCAUAUGCAGCUUCAGAGCAAACAUGACUCUGCCACCAGCUUUGUGGAUGCCGGGAAUGCGUACAAAAAGGCGGACCCCCAAGAGGCUAUCAACUGCCUUAACGCGGCCAUCGACAUUUACACAGACAUGGGGAGGUUCACAAUUGCAGCCAAGCACCACAUCACCAUUGCAGAGAUCUACGAGACUGAGCUGGUAGACAUCGAGAAGGCUAUCGCACAUUAUGAGCAGUCCGCUGACUACUACAAGGGAGAGGAGUCCAACAGCUCAGCCAACAAGUGUCUGCUGAAGGUGGCUGCAUACGCUGCCCAACUGGAGCAGUACCAGAAAGCCAUCGAGAUCUACGAACAGGUUGGAGCCAACACAAUGGAUAACCCUUUGCUGAAGUAUAGUGCCAAGGAUUACUUCUUCAAAGCAGCCCUCUGCCACUUCAUCGUGGACGAGCUGAAUGCCAAGCUUGCUCUCGAGAAAUAUGAGGAAAUGUUUCCAGCAUUUACUGACUCAAGAGAAUGUAAAUUAUUGAAAAAACUUCUAGAAGCUCAUGAAGAACAGAACAGUGAAGCUUACACUGAAGCAGUGAAGGAGUUUGACUCAAUAUCGCGCUUGGAUCAGUGGCUGACCACCAUGCUGCUCAGGAUCAAAAAGUCCAUCCAAGGGGAUGGAGAAGGCGACGGAGAUCUGAAGUGAAGUGGCUCCUUUCUGUGGCAUGCAGCUAGCCCCUUCUUAGUUUUGUCUUAGGGCCAAGUGAUCUUUAUGGGAUUCUCAUUAAUGGCUUAAUUUUGUUGCAAAUGGGCCACCAGCCUGUGUAUUGUUGAAGCACACCAAGUCUGUGUUGCUGGGGGCAGGUGGAGGAAGGCUGUGUCCAUCUUGGGGCCGGGUGGGCUGUUUGGUGCAGGUAAGAACCCGCCGGUUCCGCAUAGUGCUUGGCAGUUUCCUCCUGUUACUCUACCAUUUGCAGAGUCCAUGUUCAGUGUUUUUGCUUCUUGUCUUUUCCUAGAUCCCAGUACCAACCCAGGUGUUCACAGUUGCUUUGCGUCUUCUCGGCCCAUUGGCUUCUGGUGUGUUUUUGAGAAGUGUGUUGCGGACCGUUAUUAGGAAUGAGUUUAUAAGCUUAUUAGAAAUUGUUUAUAGUUUUGUUAUGCUGUAAUUAUUUUAAUGGUGCUAGUGACAAGUUUCUUUGCUUUUUGUAUUGCUUUGUAUGCUACAUGUGCAUGGCAAAAACAUAGAACAGCUGGCGGCUGCAGACGUCAUGUACCUUGUGCGGAAAGGAGCUUCCUGGCUGGGCUUGCUUGGUGUGGGGAUGAAUGUCAAGGUGGACUGGACUAGUUUGUACUUAUACUUACAAACAUGCACACGUACAUACAUGAGUCGUAAGAUCUGUUGGGUGUGGAGUGUUCUCUUUUGCUGGAGAUAGCUUCUCCUUCGAGUUGGAGCAGAAGUCCCUGUCUCUGUAUUUGCAUCAAAGUGUUUUAAUUGGCACAUCAUCCUGCUCUUUGUGUUUACGUUCCACGUUGGGGUGGUGUCUUUUGUGCCAUAGUCACACCUGUCUUGGUCAGGGCUGGAUAGAUAUCUAAGUCAGGUUUGAGAAUGUAUGUAAUUAACUAUAUCUGCUUAUUGUACAUGUUGGGUUAGGGUGUGAACAGCACUUUAUUUCCAUUUGGGCAAAACCCCAGCUUGCUGUCGAGGGGACUGUGUCUUUGGUUUCCAUAUAUACUCUCUAGACUCAUGAA